CUGAGAAGUUCCAGGAGGUCAAAGAAGCUGCGAAACUGGCCAGAGAAAAAUCUCAGGAGAAGAUGGAGACGUCCAGCGAUCAGUCGCAGGAAUCUGGCCGUGAAACUCCAUCAGGCAAUCAAGCGUCCAGCAUCAACGGAACGGAUGAUGAGAAGAUCUCACACGUGCCGGAGAACACAGCGCUGAUGAGUGAGAACGACCGGCUGAAGUCUGUAGCGGAGCAGAGUAAGAAGCUGGAGACGGAGCUGCAGGCGCUGAAGGACAGUAACGCUCGGCUGACGGACACGCUGCAGGAGGCCAACAGUAACGCCGAAAGCUGGAAGAGUAAAGUGACGCAGAGCCAGGACGAGAACAACCAGCUGAGGACCAAGAUCUCAGAGCUGGAGGAUCAGUGUAAGGAGGUGAAUCUGGAGAGAGAGAGAAACGCUCAGCUGACGCUCAGAAUUCAAGAGCUGGAAGCAGAUCUGCAGGAAAAAGAACAGGAGCUCGAGGACCUGCGCAAACAGGCAGAAACCAUCCCGCAGCUCAUGACGAAAUGUGAAAGCAUCACGGCCAAACUACAGGCUGCAGAAACGGCCAACAGAGACCUGAGCGAGAAGAUGACGCUCCUGCAGAGCGAGAUCGACGACAGUCAGCAGAAACAGAAGAACAUCAAGAGCGAACUCAAGAAGUUCAUGGACGUUCUGGACAGGAAGAUUGAUGAACUCCAUGAAGUUCGUCAGGGCAUUUCUAAACUGGGCGUCGAUAACUGAACACACACACACACACACACACACACACUCUCUC